UUAUAAUCAGGCGGGUGUUUCAAUUCUCCGCGGUACUAAGGACUAGAAUUUGUGUGGUUUCUAAUUUUGUAGACAUGUCUUAUCAGUCUCCACUUCACAAUGGAACUAGUAAGAGAAGUGCUUAUCUUGGAAAAGAUGGCUUACCAAGUCUGGACUCAUUAAAGAUCCAGUCUAAGGAGGCAAAUGCUGAUAGAGAAUUUAAAAUUGACUCAGGAGCUCACUUAAACGGUGUAGCUACGGCACUUGCAAAUGGAAUUUCUUCUGUUGAGGGUUACGUUGGUUACUCCAACUUACCUAACCAGAUUUAUCGGAAAGCUGUUCGAAAGGGGUUUGAAUUCAACGUCCUUGUUGUUGGAGAGUCAGGCGUUGGAAAGUCUACGUUCGUGAAUUCAUUGUUUCUCAGUGAAGUUUACAACACUGAUCACCCUGGCCCAUCUAAACGUCAGAAAAAAACUACUUGUGUUCAGUCACACACAGUUAUACUUAAAGUAAUAUCUAAAGUCACAAAGCGUUUUUUACCUUUAAAGGAAAAUGGUGUUUAUCUAAAGCUCAAUUUGAUCGAUACUCCAGGGUUCGGCGACUGUAUAGAUAAUACUAACUGCUGGCAACCGGUUCUUGAUUAUAUUAUUUCGCGUUUCGAUGAUUACAUUUCUGGAGAGAGCCGAGUCAGUCGUCCGUGUCAGAGCAUCCCAGAUCAGCGUGUCCAUGCAUGCAUUUACUUUAUUGCUCCGACAGGACAUUCAUUGAAACCAUUGGACCUAGAAUUCCUGUCACGUAUACAAGAUAAGGUUAACGUAAUUCCCGUGAUCGCUAAAGCUGACACAUUGACUCCAGAAGAGUGUCGUGAAUUCAAGAAAACAAUACUAAGUGACUUAGCAUCUAGAAAAAUACGCGUAUUCGAGUUUAUCGACCCACCUGAAUGCUCAGAUCGGAGCAACGAUGAGGAAUUAGUUAAAUUACGGCGACUACGUGAUAGGGUUCCUUUUGCUAUUGUCGGAGCUAAUACACUAAUUACUAAUAGUGCUGGAGUUCGGGUUCGAGCACGUUCUUAUCCUUGGGGUAUCGUCGAGGUUGAAAACAUGGAUCAUAAUGAUUUUGCUGCCAUACGAUAUCUUUUGUUAAGUGUUUACAUGCAGGAAUUACGUGAUGUGACUCAUAAUGUUCAUUAUGAAAAUUAUCGAAAUGCCAAACUUUCAGGCAUUGCUUUGGAGAGCCACUUUCAAACACGUGAUGGUAAGGAUCCAAUGGCUCUCAUGGAAGCUGAGAAAAAAGAACAUGAAGCCAAAAUGCGUAAAAUGGAAGCAGAAAUGGAGGCUGUAUUCGACCAGAAAGUUGAAGAAAAAAAUCAGAAACUCCGUGAACUAGAAUCUGAUUUAAUGCGACGUGUAGAGCAAAUGAGAGAACAAUUAAAAGCCCAAGAAUUAGAACAAGAAGCUGCUCGACGUGCAUUUGAGUUAGAACGUCAAAAUUGGGAAGAGAAUUGGCGUGAAUGGGAUAUUGGUGCAGAGAUUGGGACAAAUGGUCCAACACUAGGCCUUGGUGAACGAGUUAUGAAUGAGGUAAUUAAAGAACGUGUAAAAACUGAAAAGAAAAAGAAAGGACUUUUCUAAUUUCUUGAAGUGGUGACACAAUAGGUUUAUUUUGUUCCCCAAUGGGAUUAUAUUUCUUCACUUAUUGCUAAGCCAAAUCAACUGAAUAUAGUAUCCGUUUACUACUUAUGGUAUUUGUGCAUUUCUUCAGAAUAAUUCCUUUAAUGUUAUAAAAUCAGGUUUCUUUGACGAUCCUCAUUUGCAUUUACAUCACCGGAUAAUUUUCCUUAUCUUCAUUGUUACUGUUGUUUUCGCUGCUGAUACUAAUGUUUUUUCCUAGUCCUCGUGUUUUCUCUUCGUUCUUGUCGUUGCUACUGUUUUCGUUUUGUACCAAAUAUUUUGAUUUUAUCAAUGCUGUCGUUUUUAUUCCUUUUCCAUUAUCCGAGUGAAAAAGAAUCCAUAUGAGUAUAUUGUUAAUUAUUAUUAUUAUCUAUCAAGAAUUGUCACUAGUAUUAAUAAUUAAUGUUAUUAUCAAAUUUAAUAUAAUUUAUUAGUAGAUAGGUAUAAAUUAUUUGUGACCUCAAUCUGUAACGAUUUGUUGUUUUGCAAUGAUUAGACUUUAUUUCAAUUAACUAAUACUGUGAAUGUGUUUUCUAAACGAUGAAGGUCAAGUCAAUGCAUGUUAUGAAAAAACAGGUAUAAUCAUGUAUCAAUUAAACUAUCUUUAUUUGCAUUUUUCUUUACAAAUUUGUUGUAAUCAUAACAACAUUUAUGUUAACUUAUCUGUUUUACUUCAUAUUUUUAUUUGACAAUCAAAAUUCCCGUGCUUUAUUAUAUUCUUUUCGCAUGGUAUGCGAACAAUCCAUAUUUUAUAAAUAUAAGCAUCUAUAUAUUA